AUGAACAAGACGCUAUUCACAAAAGGAGAACUCAGUGAAGAGCAAAAGCUCGAGAUCAAGCAGGCGUUUGACGUUUUCGACAUUGGCGGCGACCAGCGUCUUGAUCACCACGAGCUCAAGACGGCCAUGAAAGCGCUGGGAUUCGAUGCCACGAGGUCGGAAGUGCAGCAAAUAAUCAAAGACCACGACAGCACAGGCAAGCGGCGCAUUGACUUUGACGAUUUCAACAAAGUGAUGACGGCAAAGAUUCUCCAGCGCGACCCGAAAGACGAAAUGCGCCGGGCAUUCGCGCUGUUUGACGUUGGACACACUGGCAAAAUCACAUUUCAAGACUUGAAGCGAGUUGCCCAAGAAAUUGGCGAAAAAAUCGACGAUGAGGAGCUACGAGCCAUGAUCGAGGUCUUUGAUUUGGACGAAGACAAUGCAAUUUCUUUUGAGGAGUUCACAAACCUAUGUUCCGAUUGA